CCCAUUCAUUCUUCCGAAGUUGGAUCGCCAGCAUGAAAACUGUCAUUGCAACAACUGUUCUCGUGGUUGUGAUGGGGGCAACUUACGGCUUCUCUGUCCCAGGGAGGCAUGGCUCUGCCCUCCGAGCUGCUAGGGAGGCAAAGGAACAGCCCCUUGCUCGAAUUAAGAGGGAUAUGCAUGAACAUAAUGAAACCCAUUGGCACGAAGAGGAGCAUCAUGAUCAGGACUAUGAUGACAGCCAUGAGCACGAUGAUGACGACGAGGGGCACCAUGGUGAUCAGGACUAUGAUGACAGCCAUGAGGACGAAGGGGAGCACCACGGUCUUGGCCACAACGGAACCCAUAUCCAUGAUGCUACGGAAGAUCAUGGCAGUCAUGAGCAUCACCAUGGUCAUUCUACUGUCCCUGUCGCCAUUGCCCCAUGACUGUUUUGGCGACAAUAAGGACGAUGGGGAAGGUGACAACGACAGCGAGAAAGAUUACUGAUCUUAUAUUACACUGAUAUAUUGUAUGCUGUAUACAUUUGCAAAUGCUAACAGACAAAUGUAAUUAUAUGGAUGAUAAUGGUGAAAAUAAUGAUAGAAUCAAAUUGUCAUAUUAUAAAGAAUAAGAAAAAAGGUAUUGGCAAGAUAAUCUUAUGAAAUAAAUGUAUAACGAUGAGAAAAUGAUAAGUAAAAUGAAUUCAGGAUUAACUAAUACCAAAAUAUGUCUACUUCUCAUUUUAUUUAUUUCACUGUAUAAGUAACGUAUAAACGGAUAUUCAAAAUCAGUGCUGUAUUGUAAAAGAGAGAUGAAUAAAGUUGAUGAAUGCA